AUGCCAGUUGUACCAUCGUUGUUAGGUUAUCGUGCAUCUAACGUCAGCAAAGGAGUAUCACGAUCGAAAUCAGCGCAGCGUGCUCUUCCCUCGAAAUCGUUACGUAUUCCCACUAAUAGUCAACAAACACGAAUAAAAAGGACGACUAACCGAAUGAACAGUAUAACGAAUAGUUUUUUGGAUCCACCGCGUCCACCCGAUCCGACUCUCUUCGUCCAAGCUGGUACAUCCGGUCUUCGACACUUAUUUCCCAUUCAUCUGACGGACAGUGAUGGUAAUCUAAAGGCAUUUCCUCGUUCGAUCUCACGUUUACGCUCUCGUGUCCCCACGACUGAACGUUGCACCAGCAUCGAGAUGAUUAGAAAUAUCUGCUUAUCAAUUCAGACAUUAGAACAUUUCGACAUCAGUGAAAAUAAUCUCGAUGAUUUACCAUUAGACAUCGCUUGUUUGACUAUCUUGCAAACAUUGAACUGUUCACAUAAUCAAUUAUCGACAAUUCCAGAUUUGCUCGAGAAAUUAAUACAUUUGAAAGAUCUCGACAUAUCAUUUAAUCAAUUUAAGCAUUUUCCAGCUGUUAUCUGUAGAUUUACACAUUUAAUACGAUUUAAUUGUGAACAUAACUUUCUCAGGACAAUCCAUGACGAUUUAAUCAACCUUAUCAACUUAAAAACUAUGAUUCUCGAUCACAAUCAACUGGAAAACUUAGAUACGAUCGAUUUUAGUCAUUUGAAAGAACUCGAGUACAUUCACAUAGCGCAUAAUCAAUUACUCAGAUUUCCAUCAAAUCUUCAUCAACUGACACAUUUGAAAAAUAUUAAUCUUUCGUAUAAUCAACUGACAACAUUUCCAACGGAAUUAUUUCUUAUCAAUACACUUGACGUGGUCAACUUAAGUCAUAAUUUCCUCACACAUUUAUCUUCACUGCCAGAUGUUUAUAAGCGAACGUCACUGAUAUUUUCGAUCGAUUUGUCUUUUAAUCAAUUGACAAGAUUCUAUGAUUAUCUGCUCUGGAUAUCUAUUAAACUUGAUUUGUCGAAUAAUGGGAUCGAAAUGAUUCCGAAAGAUGUGCUCCGACGAAUCAACCGGGAUACGUUAAAGAAUCGAGAAUUGAAAAUCGAUAAUAAUCCAUUGAAACAUCCCAUUGAUAUUAUUUCGAAGGAUAAUAUCAAUACGAACAAUUUGCUUCGAAUCAUUCGCAAUCAUGUCGAUGAGCAACAGAUCGAUGAAAGUAUUCGACAGGGUUUCAAGAUUUGUAUCACCGGAGGUCAACAAACAGGAAAAUCAUCAUUGGCAUUUUGUUUGGAAGAACUAAUGCCAUGUGUAUCCGACAAAAAACCAGAGAGAAUGAUGAAUAUUCUACGUUUUCCGUUUCGCUUUCAAACGCGAAGUCGUCAAGAAUCUUUGCCAGUAGCCGAAACCGAUGCGCCCAAACAAAAGAAAUCGUCCAAUCUACUCCGAAAACGAUCUGCAGCAGUAGCACCCGUUUCUCAGCCAUCUCCGGCUCCACGUGAACCGAUUAAAACUCUUCCGGUCACAAUUUUCGAUUUCAGCGGCUCACCGAGAUAUUACGAACAUAUGACAUCAGUCAUCGAUACAAAUGCGAUUCAUCUGAUUUGUAUCCAUACUGUACAAUUCGAGCAAACAACGCCGAUGAAUAUCGAAGAAAUAUUCGAUUCUACCUUUGAUAUUCGUGCGCAUUCAGUUCUUGCACCAUUAUUUCAAAUCUUACAAUUUCUGUGCGACAAAGUGACGAAAAACAACGGCUUGGCAAUCAUACCCGUCGCUACACACAUCGAUCUUUACGAUAAACGACCGGCACAAGAAAAAAACCAAGCUUUAGAUAAAAUCAAUCAAUUUUUCAAACUUUAUCAUCAACAUCGAUUUAAUCGGAUCCGAGACGAAAUUCAACGAAUAAACACACUCUCAAUCGUUUCAGCCUCGCUAUCUUAUCGUUUAAAAGUGUAUACAUCUCUUCUUGACAAUAAGAUACAAAUUGAAUCUUGUCAGUCGAUUAGUUCUUUGACAUGCCAAGGACUUACCGAACUUAACCAAACGAUUCAAAGUUGUCUUCUGACACAUCAAAACAUCUUUCCGCAUGUCGAUCGAAUCCUACCGACACUUUGGGUCGAUACAAACCAUUCGAUAGAAUCAUUAGCUGAUCAAUUAGCAGUUCCAUACGUCUCCUGGGAAAAUUUUACUAAUUAUAUUACUACUAAACAUGGUCUCUCGAAUCUAAUCGAUGAUAUAGCAAUGUCAUUGUGUGCCGAAGGACAAAUUCUGAUCUUAAAUCAAAUUGGAACAUCGGAUCGGGUUGUUUUCCUUCGACCCUUGUGGCUGGGCGAUCUUCUAACAUCAUUAUUACAUCUUAACGAUCAAUCAAAAUCAAAUCAUCAACCACAUAUCAAAGAGUAUCAUCAAUUCGGUCGUUUACAUUCCGAUCUAGUUCGCACAUUAUGGCAUAAUCUAGUACAUAAAAAAGACGAGUUCUAUCAAGUAUGGAUGAUUUUAAUGCGAUUUCUAUUGAUUGCCUAUCCGAAAAUGAGUAAAAAGCAAUUGAAAAGUCUUCUUCAUACCGAAGGAAAACAUGAUUUUAAGUUUGACUAUGCCAUUGUGCCCUACUGCUUACCCAUGCUCAAUUUCAGCGAACAGGAUAAACGAAGAAACGCGUUUUAUCAUGACUCAAAAUACGCCGUUAGCGUAUGUUAUCAAAGUCGAUCAUUACCACUAGGUUUCUUUCAUCGGUAUUCUGUUUCGGCAAUUUUCAAACUGAACAUAACCUAUAUCGAACAUUGGAAUAAUUUUAUACUUGGAAAAUACGAUGAACAUGAUGUCAAAUUCAUUCUCGAUACUGACCAUCUAACAUAUAUCAAUUGCUAUUGUGCAACAGACAUUGGCAAUCAACCAUUUGAACAGAUUUGGAAUGUUGUCAUGCUCAUUUUGAAUCAUUUCGAAGAUCUAUUCAAAACUCUAGCUCCAAAUAAUCAAUUCAAUCGUUAUGUUCGAUGUCCAUAUUGUAGAGAAUAUUCGUUUAUGGGAGAAUGGACUACUCCAAAGGAAUUACAAGGUCUUCAGUACAAAAAAUGUACGUCAUGUGGUGAAGAUGUUGACACAAAAUAUCUCGUGCAACCUAACGAAAGUAAACGACGAAAUGAAGACUUAUUGCGCAAAAUACGCGAACGAAAAUCGGCUUCGACUCGUUUGAUGACAACAUUAGUGUGA